AUGGCAAACGUCGAUGAAAAGGUUGAUGAUGCCAUCCUAGAGCACAAUAGCUCCAAUGGUGGUAAUGACGUUGUGCUCGCGAGGCAAGCAGCUCAGGUUGAGCAUAGCCUGGGUUUCAUACAAGCUCUUCGCAACUAUCCAAAGGCUGUCAUGUGGUCGGUUCUGUUGUCGACUUCGAUCAUUAUGGAAGGCUACGAUAUAGUCCUCAUCUCUUCUUUUUUUGCACAACCAUCCUUCCAGAAACGAUACGGCGAGUUUGACCCUAGGUCUAAUACAUAUCAGAUCUCCGCGUCGUGGCAGAACGGCCUCAGUAAUGCUGUUAGCAUUGGUACCAUUGUUGGUGCUUUUGCUAACGGAUACUUUACGCACAAAUUCGGUUAUCGAAAAGUCCUCUUGGCGUCUCUCCUGCUCGUUGUCGGUUUUGUGUUCAUCCCCUUCUUCGCUCCCAAUCUUGGUGUUUUGUUGGUUGGAGAGCUACUUUGUGGUAUCCCUUGGGGAGUUUUUGCAACCAUGGCCCCUGCAUACGCUUCAGAAGUCUGCCCAAUGGCUCUCCGUGGAUACUUGACCGUCUACGUUAACCUCUGCUGGGCUGUUGGUCAGCUAAUUUCCGCUGGGAUCCAGGCUGGGUUCGAGAAGAAUGCGACAGAAUGGUCUUAUAGAAUCCCCUUUGCGAUUCAAUGGACCUGGCCCAUCCCCUUGUUCUUCAUUCUCUGGUUUGCCCCGGAAUCACCGUGGUUCUAUGUCCGUCAAGGUUUAUUCAGCGAUGCAGAGAGGAGUAUCAUUCGCCUCGGUGCUGAUAGAGGUAUGGCUAAGCAGGUCUUGGCUAUGAUGGUCCAUACCAAUGAGUUGGAACAGUCAAUUGACAAGGGAACUUCGUAUUUGGAUUGCUUCUGCGGCAUCGAUCGUUAUCGAACUGAGAUUGCUUGCAUGGCCUUUGCUGCUCAGCCAUUUUGUGGAUCAGCCAUGGGGGGGACUCCGACCUAUUUCUUUGUCCAAGCUGGGUUGCCGACAUCAAUUUCGUUCCAGAUGUCGGUCGGCGGGCUGGGGCUCGCAUCUGUGGGAACCAUCAUCUCUUGGUUUCUAAUGCAUCAUCUGGGAAGACGUACCAUGUACCUCUGGGGCUUGGGUAUACUGACCGCGAUUUUGCUAAUUGUCGGAUUCAUCAGUGCUGGGGCUGCUGACUCGGUCGGGGGCAACUACGCCCAAGCGAGUAUGGUCCUGCUAUGGCAGUUCGUUUAUUACCUGACCGUCGGCCCCAUAUGUUACGCUAUUAUCGGCGAAGUAUCCUCAACUCGUCUCCGAAAUAAAAGCGUCUGCCUUAGCCGAAUCACUUAUUAUAUCGCUCAGAUUAUCUGCAAUGUGGUCAAUCCUUAUAUGCUGAAUCCGACUGCCGGAAACUGGCGCGGGAAAACCGGGUUUUUCUGGGCCUUCUGGGCCUUCAUCUUUUUCGUGUGGACCUGGUUCAGGCUCCCUGAAACAAAAGACAAAACGUUCGAAGAACUAGAUAUUCUCUUCGCGCGAGGCAUCAAGGCCAGGGAAUUUGCGAGUUACAAAGUCGACGCUUAUAUAGAAGGAGAAGAAAAGGUGGCAAAGAAUGCAUAG